AUGGUGCGUCAGGGGCUACUUUUUCUGCUCCUUUUGCACAUUUUCACUGGAAGCGCAUCAGGGGCAGACGUCACCAGUUGUGACGGGUGCCACGGCGAGGCCAGAUGCCUGGAGGUCCGGGGGCGAGGCGACUCUGUGGGCCAACUCUUCUCCUGCGUCUGUAAGGACGGCUUUGUGGGCGACGGCCUCGCCUGCUACUCCUCAGAAGCCUGUGCCGGCCGCCCCUGCUGCGGCCCGGGCUACCGCUGGUCCCCGGGCGCCGGCUGCCUGGACGUGGACGAAUGUUCGCUCCCGGACUCGCCCUGCAAGCCGCCGCGGGUUUGCUCCAACACGCCCGGCUCCUUUGAGUGCCGGCUGCCCUCCCCCAGAGCCUCGGGCCCAGACCCCUCUGCCCGGUUUGUCUGUGGAAACGUGACCUGUCCGUUCGGCCUGGACUGCAUCACGCACAAUGGCAGCGCCCAAUGCGCCGACCCCUGUGAGCUCUACUCCGUGGUGGACGAUGACUGGCGCUCCCUGAACAGCUCAGGGGACGGGAUCAUACGCUGUGAUCUUCAAACUGACUGGCAGGGCUGGUAUCGCAUGUUUUUGGGGCAAAACAAUGCUCAGAUUCCAGACAAGUGUGUACCUGCGUACAGCUGCGGGACCCACGCUCCGAUGUGGAUCGAUGGAGCUCACCCCACUCUGUCAGACGGGAUUGUAACUCGCCCUGUGUGCCCAUCUUUUGGGGGCUCCUGUUGUGCUAAUCCACUAAAGCCCAUUGAUAUCAAACUGUGUUAUGGACAAUAUUACGUCUACAAACUUACAAAACCAACUAUAUGCGCUUUAGCAUAUUGCACAGAGGUAAAAACACCAGGUCCAGAAUUUCCAUCGACCACAUCUAUACCAACCUCUGACCCCCUGGUGACUGAAAACACUUCAGCAACAGUGGACCCCAGCUCUGGCGAGGAGGGCCAGGUCCGCCUGGCCGAUGGGGGGAACAGCUCCUGCUCUGGCCGGGUGGAGAUCUUCCUCAGUGGGCAGUGGGGGACGGUCUGUGACGACUCCUGGGACCUGGUGGACGCCCAGGUGGUGUGCAGACAGCUGGGCUGUGGAAGAGCCCUCUCAGCCCCACAGAGCGCAGCCUUUGGACAGGGCAGCGGACCCAUCUGGUUGGAUGACGUCGUGUGCUCAGGCAGCGAAUCAGAGCUCUCCCAGUGCCGCCACCGAGGGUUUGGAUCCCACGACUGUAGUCACAGGGAGGACGCCGGGGUCGUCUGUGAAGCUGGGUCACCAGUGAGGCUGGUCAACUCUGACAGCUCCUGCUCUGGCCGGGUGGAGAUCUUCCUCAGUGGGCAGUGGGGGACGGUCUGUGACGACUCCUGGGACCUGGUGGACGCCCAGGUGGUGUGCAGACAGCUGGGCUGUGGAAGAGCCCUCUCAGCCCUACAGAGCGCAGCCUUCGGACAGGGCAGAGGACCCAUCUGGUUGGAUGAUGUCAGAUGUUCUGGAAGCGAAUCCUCAAUUACAGCCUGCCCACACCGGGGGUUAGGGGUCCACAACUGUGGUCAUCAUGAAGAUGCCAGCGUCGUGUGUGAUUUCCAUCGUCCCACGAUACACAUUUCGGAGCUCAUCUGUGGUCGGGAUAAGCUCCAAGUAGGACUGCACAUUGCCAGCGUGGAUUCCUCUGGUUUCAAUCCAUUCUCCGGAAACUUGGCCUCCAGGAACUGCUCCUGGGUCAGAGUGCACAAUGACACUGUUUGGUAUGAAGUGGAAACCGAGGCAGACACCUGUGGAAACAUAAUGAAGACCAACCGCACACAUGCCGUCUAUGCCAACAGCUUAUUCGUUUACCCGAAAGGUAACGAGUCCUUUGUGCUUCCUGUGGGUCUUCCCUUCUCCUGCGCUUACCCCCUGGACACAGAUGCCAGUCUGAAUGUGGCUAUCAGGCCAUAUCUGGAGAUGGAGGACAGCGUUUCAGGUUCAGGGGCGAAAGCCAGAGCCUCCAUGUCUUUGUUCCGCAACUCCAACUACUCCCAGGCUUACCCAGGAGGCCGGGUCACCCUCCCCCUGGGCUCGCCAUUGUACGUCGGCGUCUCCGUGGAAGAGAGAGACCCAAAUUUUGCCGUCGUCCUGGAAACCUGCUUCGCCACUCACUCGUCCAACCCCGAAGAUCCCAUGCGAUACCCGCUCACCAAGAAAAGUAAGGCCCCCCCCCCGAGCCCCAGCAGAGGGCUGAUGUUCUCCUCUGUUAGGUGUCCCGAAAACCCCCGCCAGGUGUUGGUGGUUGAGAGUGGUUCGUCCCUCCGGGCCCGCUUCGCCGCUCAACUGUUCCUUCUUCAGGACGAAUACGCAGACGUUUAUCUGCACUGCGGCCUCACUCUGUGCGACCGGAGGAGCUCCAACUGCGUCCCAGUUUGUCGCAGCAGGAAGUCUCGUUCGGUUUCCAGCUCUGUUGCCACGGAGACCGUCACCGUCGGGCCAGUCGUAUGGGACAAAUCCACCGAGUGA